GGUCUUCACCGAAAUCGUCAGAUAGUGGCCGUGACGUAUUAGGGACCUGCUAUUGGGAGAGGGGGUUCGCGUCUUGCCUCGUAGGCAGCCUGGGGUAGUGCAUGACGCAUGCUGAUGGCUGCAUGGUGUUGCUGCACCUGUGGUCUGCCUGGUUACGCAACGUCCUAGGACAUCAUCUCGAUCCACGCGGGAUCUCAUAUGCCACCAGCAACUCCGAGUAUGCUCACGCUCGACGCUUCCGGUCCUCGACAAACGGCCUAAUGCUCCGUUAUCAUUGACCAGCCCGAAAGGACUCUGUACUGACGGCAGCUGCCAAAGUGAAAAGGCCUCGAAGCGCAAGUCGCUGAAUAUAAGGACCGGCAGGAUGCACUCACUAUCAGGUCUUUCACUCAAUGCUCCAGGAGGUCCUGUCCGCCCCCGUCCAGAUAGAUGGCUACCGGAAGAACUAUCGCUGCCAGAAUUGACCGAGUUAAUCCCCGCCAUUGCCUGUAGUUCUAUUACAACCUCCUACAUCGCACGGAUAGAGUCCGUGCUGGAUAAUUCCGCAGAUGCGAAUUCCCAUCCUUCUCCUGGGCAGGUUUUAAUCCGUGUAAUGUCGUCCGAGGUGCUGUGGCACGCCUCGCCGGGACUCGCGCUCGGGUCCUGCUUGGUGCUGGGGUGCUGUUUAUCCUCCUACGCGCAUCGGCGCCGGGACCAAGACCAGUACCAAACCAUCGUCUUCGCGAUCUGGAUCGUCUGGGCUGUCUGGGUCGGCUGGGGGAUAGGGACCAGCGCUGAUGUGGUCACGCUCGGAAUCGUGCCAUGGGCCUUGUGUGCGGCCAUGCUCAGCAGCUUCGUCGGGCACCUAGGGGCGCGCUGGCUAGCGACGAGGGCGAGGGGCGGGUACGGGCAUGUCGUUCUUGACGCCACCCAGGAGAAAAACGCGCCCCUCGAGUCGUAGCUUCGGGUCGUGCCCUGGAAGAGAGUUCGAUCUGGCAACGAGGUUGCCGUUUUCCGUAAAAUGUCGAGUUUGGGGGGACAUUGGGGUGUAAGCUGAAUGGGGGAAAUUUUGACUAACCAUACGGAGCGGAUGGGGGUCUAUGGAGACUAUAUCAUGUGUUAUCGCUCUCCUUAGAAAGAAUCACGACGGCUAAUAGUGUUUCCAUAGGAGUUCAUUUUCAUAGUCAGGUACUACGUCAUUCUUAAGUACCCAAGUAAUAGAUUGCACCUACGCCUAUAUGCCUA